AUGACAUUGGCUCCCGAGCCUGACGCGGCUUUUGCUAGAGCUAUGGAUUACUCCAUAGACAAAGACGAGUUCUGGCAGAUCUCGUGCGCUACUGGGCCAGGAGCCCCGGGAAACUUCGCCGAGGACCCGCGCUCCCCAAGCGAUUUCUUUGACCAGUAUGUGGUCAUGGAAGGGACAGACCCAGGCGGUCUGGGUGCGAGCUUCUUCAUGCCGCUGCAGGGUGGUGGACAAGGCGAAGAUGAGUUCUCGCCACCCACGUCGUCCGUCACAGAGGGCGUCACCAGCGCGUCCUCCACCAACGGGUCUGCACCAGAUGUGCCGCACCCAACAUCGAACUUCUCGGUCGAGGACACGCUAAAAGCCAUCUCGUUAGCAGAGGGUGCACACCACCAGCCGCUCCGCGGCAGAUUCCCCGAGCGACCCAGCGGCAGCCACAGCGAGGCCGCACACCACGUCGUGCUAGGGCAGCUUAACCCCGACGCUCUCGAACAAAGACGGCGGCUCCUCAGUGGUCGGCGCGGGCAGGACCAGGCCGCGGGUGGCUCGAUUACAGACUCGGAGCUGCUGCAGAUCGAGGGUCUGUCGGUGAACUCGCCCCAUGGCGUCGUAGCUCAGCAGACAUCUGGUCCUGCCGUCCCGCCCACGCCGCCGCCGCCGCCGAAGGACUGUGCCCCAACCACGACGGCCCACAACAUCGCUGGAAUCACCGAGGACGUCAACCUUGACCAAUUGGCACAGAGAACCCGUAAUCACAAGUCGAAGCGGUUUGAGACGAUAUACUCAACGAUAAGGAGGGCAGUUGGAGGGCACUCCCGAGGGCGAGUGCCUCAGCAGCAGCAGCAGCAACAGCAACAACAACAACAGCAGCAACAACAGCAACAACAACACCCAAACACAGCCCCUAUCCCUCAGACGAUGACGCCAUCCCAUGUCGAGUCGGCCAAGAAGGCGACGAGGAGGCUGAAUUCGGAGAGCCAUCCAGCUUCUGUCAGCUGGGAUUGCCUCCCAAUCUCGCCGCCGCUGACAGAUUUGAGCAAUAUCCAGCCUGGCGACGCGGCAACAUUUGGAAACGGAUAUCUCGACGACCCCUUCUUCGACCCUGCAGCGUCCUUCAACCACUCGAUGGGACUCGCACCCCCUGCGCAGAUCGGCGGCAAAGGCAAUAUUCAGAGCUGCAAUAUCCCCAACACACCGUCGCACACACCCGACAUGAAGACGGAACACGUGAUGGAUGACGACCUUGCAAAGUACUUCAACGCCAGCGACACGUGGAACCUGGACGGUAGCUUCGCCACGACGACAGGCAUCGACACCACGCCGUUCCUCUCUGCAGACAGCAUGAACGUGGACACAUGGGGCUUCGACCCGUCAUCAGACAGCGGCAGCAACUUCGACUGGGCGGCGCCCACGGACAGUGCCCACAACGCGACGCGGAACCUCCACAACCUCACCAUCCAGGUGCCGCCGUACGUGCAGGACAACCGCCACCACCACCACACCCCGCUAUCCGACGACCUUGCCACCAGCGGCCUGAUGAUCCACAUGCCGCAGCCGCGGACUCCGGGCACGGCGCCGCUGCUGUCCUCGACCGUGGGGCCGAUGCACCCACCCAACAACAUGCCGCAGUACCCCUUCCCCGAGCAGACGACGCCACAGCACAACAACAACAACAACAUGCACGCCUUCCGGGGCCCGUACACGGACCACGGGCACUACGGCGGGACGCAGCAGCGGCGGCCCAAGCCCCGAGCGCCGUCGAGCGGCGCCAGGCACCACUACAUGGGUGCCGGGCCCGGGGGCGCGCCGGGCCCGUCGUCCAUCUCGCCGCGCAAGACGCGGCAGGCGAGCUGCUCGUCGUCGUCGCCCAGCCCGACGCCGGGGGGCAGGCAGGCGCGGGCGGCGGCGGCGGGGCCGGGCGGGCGGCGGGCGGGGAGCCUGCACCACCGGGCGUCGGCGAGCGACAUCAUGACGGUGCCGGCGACGGACGCGCAGACGCACGCGGUGCGCAAGCGGCGCAGCACGUCGUCGUGGAGCCGGCAGAAGCGGACCACAUCCGCGUCGUCGUCGGUGGGGGACGGGUCUGGCGGGUCGCUCGGGGCCGGCGUCGGAGGGCUAGGGGGCGGCGGCGGCGGCGGCGGUGGUGGAGUUGGGUUUGUGAACUACACGCCCAACGACCACGGGGUGCUCAUGACGGGGGUGGCGCCCAGCGGGAGCUCCAAGACCAAGGCCAGGAGGGAGAAGGAGGCGCUCGAGAGGCAGAGGAAGCUCAGCGAGGCGAUGGUCAAGACCAUGGCUGAGGCUGGGGUUGAUGUUGACCGGCUGAAGCAGGAGGGCAUUGUCAUCUGAAGCAUUUGUUUGUUUGUAUAAUCGAUUGGGAUUGUCUCUUCUUGUCGUCCCUCCCUGGGGUUGGGGGGGGUGUUUCUCCCUUUUUAGAUUUUUCUCCUGGUGUCUGGGUGGGUUAAACAAAGAAGGUCUGGUUGUUGGUCGAGGGUUGAUGGUCCUUCGUUGGGUGUUGGGUUUUGGUGUUGGGCUGAGUUGUGUAAGCGACUGCAUGAGCGACACGUGAGAUGAGCGAGACGAGACAAGACGAAUGAAGCGCUGCGGAUCAGGGGUGGGUAAUGAAGAAGCAAGGGGCAUGCUAGCGG